AUGCGGACGACCGCAGCCGAGAUGGUAUAUGGCCAAACAUUUAGAAUUCCGGGGCAGUUCCUGAAUCGACGACCGACGGAGGACGAGGACGACGCCGCCGACUUUGUCGGAAAGCUGCGGGAGCAGUUCGAGAAGUUACGACCCACGGAUGGGAUCCGGCACGGAGAACAACGACCAUUCGUCUACAAAGACUUGGCGACGGCCGAGCAAGUAUUCGUGCGACACGACAGGCCGAGUACGAUGUUGCAGGCGCCGUAUGAGAGACCAUACGCGGUCGUCAGCCGCAGCGAGAAAAUCUUUGUUGUGCGCAUGCACGGCAAAGAGAAAACGGUCUCGAUAGACCGGUUAAAACCUGCUUGUAUUUUGCAGCACGAGGCAGAGAACAGCAGCUCGGCAGAGGCGGCGACACGGAGCCGAGAAGGUGCGGUCGACGGACGGGGAACGCGCGAGGACACGGAGAUGCCACGUCGAGAGGACAGGACGACGACGAGAGCGGGAAGGAAAAUUCGUUUCCCGAGUCGUUUCCAGGCGGGCUUGUGA